AUGAAUAAUGAGAAAACUGUUAGGAGCAGUAAAGCGGAGAGUGAAGCGGCGGUUAUUCUUUGGAAGCAGCAGCAAGCAAGGAUGAGUGAUAUGUCAGUGUACGGAUGCGAGCAUUCUGACGUAUCCAAAAGUUUUUUUUUCAUUUUUCCCCAUGGUGUAUUUCUUAACGAGUUUGUCCAUAAAAAUGGAUUGCGAGCUUGUCGCUGCUUAGCGAAGCGAAGCGCUCUGAGACACGAACCAGACUGA